UACUUACUUUUUAGAAUCGACAGCGAAAAUUAAAGUAUUUCGUACAAAUUACCGACUCCAAUUCACAGCUUAAAACAGUAUCCCGUGGUCGCCAUCAUAUACAGACAAGAUUCCCUCAAUCAUCUGAUGAAGACUGUGGGAAAUUCUAAUCAACACUGACGUGUAAUAAAGAUCAGCUGAGAAUUAAUAUAUAUGUGUGUUACAUAGUUGGAAAGUGGGGAAACCGUGUAUCUGAUGCCCAACUGUGUAAUUGUGAACUGACUGGUUCUGAAUUACACAUUGUCAAGACGGUCAUCUGGAAAAAAAAGGCUGAGAACCAGUCUUAUCUUAACAGUCAAACAGUGGACCAUGGAUGGCUGGGGUGGAAUGUUUGAUGAAACGGGGUCCUUCGUUGGGGCCACUGCAGCCCCACCACCGACCGGCGUGAAACGACAGUCGGAGGAUGGCUAUGGAGGCUAUGACUAUGACGGGGAUGGCUAUGCUGGCAAGAAGCCGAAACAGGAAGGCUAUGAGGAGAGUGGUGACUGGGAACAACAACAGGAACCAGAUCCUUGGGACCAGAUGGCAGAUACCGGUCCGUCGUCGUGGGAUGCAUUAAAGAGUACAGGAGACAUGGCAGACACCAAGGAUGCAUUUGCCAACUUUUCAGAAAUAACAUCAUGGGACCAGCUGAAGCCAUCUGAAAUCAGUAGUGGAAGGGCUGGAAAAGGGGGGAGGGGGUAUGGGCAACGGACUGGGUCAUGGGGAGGUCAACAGAGUGGCAGAGGAGGCCAGAGAGGGAGGUAUUCGUCUGGAGGGUAUAGUGGGGACAGAGGGGGUGGCUUCAAUAACGGUGGAGGGGGCUUCAACAGGGGUGGCAUGGAUGGAGGUUUCAAUAACAGGGGAGGGGGCUUUAAUAACAGAGGAGGAGGUUUCAAUAGAGGUGGAGGAGGCAGUCGUGGUGGAUUCAGAGGGGGAAGCAGCUUUGGGCGUGGAGGAGGAGGAGGCUUUGGUGGAGGAAAAUCAAAUCAAGGUUUAACUUUAGUAGAGAAGUUUGAGAAGUAUCAGUCAUUCCUGACCAGUGAGACGUCACGCAUUAACUCGAUCCAGUCCCUGGAGAACGCAGUGAACAGCACCCAGCUAUUCCUCAAGUGCGACUACGUCGUGGUGGAAAUGCCUCGCAUCUACAACAGAGCAGUGCGCCGAGCUGUGUACACGGGCCGCCUGGCCAUCAGUGGAAUAUUCCUGGCCCGGUGCGUGGGACUCAACAAGAAGGAAUUGAAACACAAGGUGUAUGACAAGGCUUACAAGGUGCUCACCACCCAGACCUUGGCUGACAUUAACAACCUGAGAGACCCGGGGGCAGACAUUGUCAGAGUGUGCAUAGAGCGUGAGCUAAAACUGUGUGGACCUCACAAGUUCAUCGAGGGAGGCAGCAUGCCGGUGAACCCGACGGUCGGGGAGGUCAUGCAGAAGGUGGCCAGUGGGCUCGAGACAAUCUCUGUCCUGGUGGCUGGACUUGAGAAACUUAUUGCCUAUCUCAAGUCAGCAGUGAACUUGUCCAACUAUUCAAACUCUGUAUGUCUCCCUCACAAGGACACAUGCAUAGCUAGAGCCAGUAAUGUGAACAAGAAGUCCGUGAAGUCCGAGACGUAUACCCAGGCCCUGGAGGCCCUGUACUCCAAGACUCUCCUUGAGCUGAUCAUUCCCGUCGUCGAGGAGACCAAUCAGAAUGAGGAGGAGGAGGAGGUCCACAAUGAGGCUUCUGUCACCGGGGUCCUCCAGGCCAAUGUGGAUGGCCCUCCCCCGGUGGUGAAACCCUCUCUUAUAGAGGCCCCCAUCAUGGACAGGCUGCUCAACCUGUUCUCUACGGUCUCCAACUCGGCCUACACCACCAACAACUUGAGUCUAAUUGACAACUGCCUGACUAACAGUGGCCUCACCGCCGUGUGUGUGUGUUUCUACAAAAAAGUCAGCCCAGAGUCUAAAACAUGUGACCUGUGUGAAUUCUACGUGGACCAAUACCUGAUUGCAACAGGUAGAGGAAGUUGCAAGACAGAAUGUGAAAAGGCUGCAUACAACUCUGCAUACAACAUGCUGUGUAGAACUUCCCCAUCUGAUAUUGUGUCUAAUCAUCCAAAGUUGCCGCCCCAAGAAACAACAGAUCCCCUUCUGCUCGAGACUGAAAUGAAGGGCGCCCUCCCAGUGACGACCGAGUCCAACGUGGACGCGCUGCGCCUGCACAGGUUUGAUCCUGACGUCCUCACAUGCAGCCUGGUAGACAUGGUGCUGGUGGAGGAGAAAAUGUGGACCAACGAUCGACGCACCGCUGCCUUUGCCAUACUACAGAAUACGUGCAACCUCAACGGGCUGCUGCUGAAAUGGACCUUUCAGAACCUUAAGAACGCGGCCACCAAGAACUAUAAAUAUGAGGCAAAACCACUCGGAAAAUACAAGUAUGUUGUCUACGUAAAGGACCAGGAGGUGGCACAGUUCCAGGGUUUGGGAAGAACAAGGUGCGCACGGUAGCCUGCGCAGACUACCUGUUCCGUCUGCUGGAACACAGAUCUGUCCUGCAGAAAUCCAUGGGCUCUGGAAGCUGGGAGGAGAUGAUACAGGGAGCAGUGGGAGACCACUCCUAUAUCAAGGUAUUAACUAGAGUGGAGUAUGAUACAGGGAGCAGUGGGAGAUCACUCCUAUCUCAAGGAGCAUCUAGUGGAGCAACUAUGCCUGUAUAAUGACGUCAGUGAGGCUUUGAAGAGGGCGGAUUGCUACAGCCUAGAUGACUCUGUGAUACCACACACUGUCAGAAGUGCCAGGGAGAAAAUUAAGAG